CACAGGGAGGACCGUGCACAGCUUGUUGUCCUGACACCCACAAGGGAGGGAGCUCAUGCAACGCAAGCCUCUGAGUCUCAAAGCACCUGUGAGCCAUUGAGGCAACUUACCUCAAGACUCCCGGCCGCGAAGACAACUCCCUCUGCCUGCGAGAUCAUUUUCCAUUCGCCUCCAUCGAUUACGAACUAUUCAACAUGUGGUCGACCAUCAGAAUCGCGGCUGCGAGGCAGCUACGCGUCGGUGGAGCUCUGUCCGUAAGCAGACUUGCCUCACGUGUCGCAACCAAGCAAUCGUCCUUCGCCAUCCCGAGCCGCUAUCGCUUCCAACUUGGCCGACGAGGGUUCGCAGAUGUAGCUGGACAACCUGCCAAGGCGACUACGACGAAGAAAGCAGCUGCGAAGAAGCCCGCGAAGGGAGCCAAGAAGGUCGCAUCCAAGAAGGCAGCCUCCAAGAAGACAGCAGCCAAGAAGGCGGCGCCGAAGAAGCGAGUGAGGAAGGUCCUGAGCGAGGAAGACGCGAAGAAGCAGAAGGUCCGCGAAUUGAAGAGGGUGGCUCUAUUGAAGGAACCUGUCAGGCUGCCGGACAAGUCGUGGUUGGUGUAUGUUAGCCAGCAUACAAAAGGGACCCAUACGGAAGGCGAGGCCCUCGGUGACCGGGCGAAGCAGCUGAGCGAGUCCUACAAGCAGUUGCCAUCUUCCGAGGUUGAGCAUUUGCAAGCAACAGCCAACCAGAACAAGCUGGCCAAUGACGCUGCGUACAAGUCUUGGGUCGAGAGCCACAGCCCCGAGGAAAUCGCCGACGCCAAUCGGGCCCGAAAGCGGCUCAAGCGGGACUUCAAGGCGACUUCUAAGGGAUUGAUCAAGGAUGAGCGCCAGCCGAAACGGUCUCUCUCCUCUUAUCUGCUAUUCGUAAAGUCCAGGUGGCAGUCUGGGGACCUUACCGGGCAACAUCCCGUGGAGGCCUCCAAGUCCAUGUCCGGCGAGUGGAAGGCAUUGAGCGACGCAGAGCGCCAGCCUUUCAUCGACGGUGCCCUUCUGGACAUGAACCGCUAUGUUAGAGAGAAGAAGUCGGUGCUCAACCAAGACGUGCAGCGCCGUAAUAGUGCCUAGAUCUCGGAAUGCCCGGGUUAAGACUCCUUCACUCCUUUACCUGUUGGUAUGUUUGUAUACUACUUAGGUGACAACGGCUGCUGGUCUGUCCAGUUGAUCUAGGGCGUCUGUGGGGCUCUGACAGAGGACGUGAGGGAGGUUUAGGAGGUUUAUGGUAAUUUCCAGAGCAAGGGUUUGUUAGGCACCCAUGUCUUUUGCUCCUAUUAUUUGUUUGCUUGUGGAGGGAAUACCUUAGUUACCUGUAGUGCGAAGUUUCCAUGUAGUCUAGCUGCUCACAAGGUGUGCGUUCAGGGACGCCUCGAGAAAACAGGCAACUGUGAUUCAUGCAAGAUCAAUGCUAACGCCACUUGUGCCAUCC